UGUGUUGACAGCUGAAGGGGAGGUAGGGGUGGAGGGAGCAGAACUGGGGGUUGGGGUCCGCCCGAAGCUCUGGAGAUGACAAGUCCAGGAGUCCUUCCCGCCGUGACCCCACUCCACUUCUGCAAGGAGAGGAGUUUUUCCCAGUCCCCAUGCUCCCCUGGGGCGAGAGAGGUCAACCCAGCUGGGUGGGAAAAGAGAAUGGAGGAAGUUGACAGGGAUGGGCGGGGCCCGUGGGGGGGCUGACCAGGAACCCAGCUUCCUGCUCAGUACCCAGACAUCCAGCCCCCAGCUCACCCCCACCCCUUCCAGCCCCCACUGCCCUCAGGAACCCAAGGUUCCGGCCCUCCUCCCAAAUCCCAGCUACCCUUCCCCCUCAGCUUCUCCCUCCAGGGGAUGGAGGCCGAGAGACCGCAGGAAGAAGAGGAUGGUGAGGGCCCCUCUCGGGAUGAGCAGGGCUGGCCCCCUCUGAACUCCACCACUCGGCCUUGGCGAUCUGCUCCUCCGUCCCCUCCUCCUCCGGGGGCCCGCCAUACAGCCCUGGGACCCCGCUCGGCCUCCCUGAUCUCCCUGCAGACUGAGCUCCUUCUGGACCUGGUGGCUGAGGCCCAGUCCCGCCGCCUAGAGGAGCAGAGGGCCACCUUCUGUGCCCCUCCAAAGCCCCCAGGCCUGGCUCCUGCCCCACCCCGGCCUCUGGAGGACAGGGAGCAGCUCUACAGCACCAUCCUGAGCCACCAGUGCCAGCGGAUGGAAGCCCAGCGG